AUGGCCUCGCACAGCAGCAGCAGCAGCAGCAGCAGGAUUCGGAGCGCAUCUAUUCGGCAACUUCUCACGAGGACGCCUCUGCUAGCAGCGUCUGCUGCUGCUGCUGCCAGCAGCCAGCAGCAGCAGCAGCAGCAGCAGCACGCCGUCCCUUCCUACGUCGUUUCCUCGGAAAAUGCUGCUGCCGCUGCUUCUCCUGCAGGAGCCCCGGCAGCACCAGCAGCAGCAGCAACAGCAGCAGCAGCGGCAGCAGCAGCAGAAGUGCCUGAAGGAGAUGUGCUGCAGGAUGAGUCAGGAGAUGACAGCGACGGCAGCGAAAGCAGCAGCAGGGGUGUGAGCCUUCGGGGGCACCUGCGAGCGGGUCUGCGGGGGGCGCGGACGCGCCGCCGGACGCAGGAGCGGGAACAACAACAACAGCAGCAGCAGCAGCAGCAGCAGCAGCAGCAGUUUGGUCUGGAGAAUUCAGACCACAAUUCUCUCUAUAGACUCACUGACAGGGGAAGAAGACAAGCAGCAAUUGCUGGCGCUUGGAUCCGCAGCAACGUGGGCAGCGUCUUCGACAAAUACUACACUUCGGAGUAUGUGCGGGCGAUGGAGACCGCGGCGAUGUUGAGUUUGCCUUCUGCGCGUUGGGUCACGGAAAUGUAUUUGAGAGAAAGAGACAGAGGAGUUUUGGCAAACAAAACGCAUGCAGAAAGAGAGACUUUGCAUGCAGAAGCAGCAGCAGCAGCAGCAGCAGCAGGGUACCCGCUUCUGCUGCCUUGCGGAGCAGCAGAAGAAGCUCUGUCUCCUCCAGCUCUGAGUCUCUUGGGCUCUGAAAAAGUGCAAGUACAUCCCAGCAGCAGCCUCCCAUUUGCUGCUGCUGCAGAACCACAGCAGCAGCAGCAGCAGCCGCAGAAACAGCAGCGACCUGACCACUGCAUAGAGGGUCCGCAGCAGCAGCAGCAGCAGCAGCAGCAGCAGCAGCACCUGCAGCAGCAGACAGAGGCCGCCUGCUGCUGCAGCGCGAGUCGAGGGCCCCACGGGGCUGCAGAAAGUGAGCAGCAACAACAGCAGCAGCAGCAGGGAGCUUGUUCCCUGCAGCAGCAGGACCAAGAAGGUGCUGCGGCACUGCGCAACCGGGCAAACCCAGAAGGUGCAGUGCAGUCCUCGCCCGCGGUGUGUCUGGCAGCACCAACAGCACCUCCCACUAGCAGCAGCAGCAGCAGCAGCAGAAGCAGCAUUGGCAGCAGCAGCUGCAGCAGCAGCAGCAGCAACACCUGCAGCAUCUGCAACGGCAGCGGCGGCAGAGACAAGAGGAGCCCGACACCUGAAAGCUGCUGCUGCUUUGAUGCCAUUGGGGGGGACAACCUGCAGCAACAGCAGCAGCAGCAGCAGCAGCAGCUGCAGCUGCAGCUUCUAAGCGUAGACCCAGAAACAGCACAGCCGCCGCUCUCCUUAAGGCACUACCAGGAGCAGCAGCAGCAGCAGCACGAGCAGCGGCAGCAGCAGCAGGAGCAGCAGAAGCAGCAGCAGCAGCAAGCAGAUUUACAGCAGGAGAAAAAUGCGACGCAGGCACAGCAGCAGAAGACAGCAACAGCAGCAGCAACAGCAGCAGCAACAGCAGCAGCAGCAGCAACAGCACAAGCAGCAAAAGCAAGCGGGAACUACCGACCAGACAGCAGAGCGCCCACACCAGCAUCAGCAGCGCCGUCAGCAGCAGCAGCAACAGCAGCAGCCCCUGGCUGUGGUCUGCUGCCUUCAGAUUCACCGCAGCAGUUGGCGUUGCUGCUGCAGCAGCAGCACGCUGCCCUUGUGUGCAUGCAGCAGCAGCUGCUGCUGCUGCAGCAAGCUCUUGCAGAAAAGCAAACUGCAGCAGCAGCACCCCAGCUGCUGCUGCCGCCAGGUGGCUGCUACGCGCCUGCUGGAGCAGGUGCUGCUCCUUCUACUGCUGCUGCAGCCCCGUGGCAGCAGCAGCUGCAGCAGCAGUUGCAGCUGCAGCAGCAGCACCCAGUCCCUUUGCCUUUGCCAGUGCUGCCUCCCCCCGCUCCAUUUUGUGUGCUGCUGCCGCAGCAGCAGCAGCAGCAGCAGCUGCAGCAGCUGGUUCCACUGCAGCAGGUGGUGAGCCCGCAUCUGCCCACGCC